GAGGGGCGGGGCUACAGCUAUAGGUGGGAAUUUUGUGUUCAAAAAGCUGCUAACGUCCCGUUUGUGUUUACGUGUGUGAGCUUGUUUCAGCUUUUAACCACAACUAAAGAGACGACCCCAACGAAGUAUGCUCUCCGGCUGCGCAACCCGCUCACAUUUGCGUUGAUUCAGGAAAGUUUGUGACCACAGACAGACGCGUCGGGUUCGAGGAAAAACGAAACGGCCGAGAACAGCUCAGGAGAAGAAGAGCAGGUGGCAGUUAAAGAUCUGAGAUCAGAUCACAGCAACAAGUUCACCUCUCUCAGCUUUAGUUUGAGUUCAACAUGUCCGUGGAGCGUUACUGUGCGCUGGGCGAGUCCUCUCUCAGAGCCCUGCUUGAUGGUACCAUGGAUCUGGACGAGAGGCGCCUCAUCCGUUCAGCAAUCCGUGAGUUGAGGAGGAGGGAGAUAGAGGACAUGGAGGCUGCUCUGGCCAGCAAAAGAGUUCGACUUGCACGCUUCAAACAGCAGGAGGACAAAGAGAAUCAACACAGGUCGGAAUCCAGUGACACAUUGGACGUGUUGUCACAAAAGCUGCAAACCAUCCAAGACAUCGAUGAACUGACAAAAAUGCUUCGUGCAGCUGGAGAGUUUGAGGAGAGGAAGAUGAUCAGAGCAGCCAUCCGCCAAAUCAGAGAGGAUCAACAGCAAGGGUCUGUGGAAGGAGGUAAAACCUUUCGUGGUUGCCUGGAGCCGGACAGUAGGACACCGCAGAGCAGCGCAAGAACUUUGGAAACUGAGGAGGAGAACCUCAGUGAGAGAGAGGGCACCAGAGCUCACGUCGGACAGUUACGGAACCAGCAACAAGGCCGAGACCUACAAAGACCAGACUCCAACGCAGGCAUGGUGUUGGUUCUUGACUCCCUGGUGAAGGAUGAAGGUUCUGCACCUCCACUGAUUCAGUCUCAGCGUGAAGCUGUGAUGACAGAGGCUGAUCUUGCCCUGUCUCAUCUUCAGAUGUCUGACUCCACACCUUCUGACCUCAAUGUGACCUCUGUGCUUUCCAGGUCCAAUCUGGAGUCAGGGGCCUCAGAGAAAAGUCUAGGCCCUGCCUUCCGAGCUAGAGUGGACUCUGGAGCUUCAGAUAAGAGCCAGAUUUCCUCCCUUUGCUCUGAGGCAUCAGAGCAAAGUAACAGCUCCCAGUCCUCCAACAGGCAGAGACUGGGCUCAGAUGUCUCUGAUUCUGGUGCUGAUCCAAGACCUAGUUUGUACUCUGGAACUGAAGACAGUGCUGAGAUGUGUUCUAGAAAACGAACGGACUCGGAAACAUCCGACAAGAGUGUGAGUAUGUCCUCUGAGGAGAGGGCCCCGGUGGAGGAAGUAGAAGUGGCCACAAGUAGCUCUUGUUACAGCACUGACUCUGAAAGCGAGAACAGAAGUCAAAGCCAAGAUAUGCUUCAGGCCCGGUCUAGCCAGGAGCUCUCUACCGGGGAUGCUGACCAUGAGCAGCCUGAUGGAGCUGUUUUAUCUCUUCGAGAUCCAGAAAACAACCUGUUCAACGGUGGCAGCGGAGGCAAAUGUGAUUCCCAGACAGAGAAGAUAACAGCUACUCCUGAUCAACCCCUCACUCAUGACAAGAUCAACAAUGCUGCACCUGAGACGAAUGGAGUAAUGUUGGAGCAGUUUAGACACACCAAGUUUGUACCUGACAGGAUGUGCAUGUUCACAGAGCCGAGCCAGAACCAAGACGUCCCACCUCUGAAGAAAGGUUCCCUUAGAAACGGGACCACGUCUAGCACCGGUGGCUGGGCAAACCUUGCAAAGCCUGCUGAGCUGUUUGCACACACUGCAGCAUCCCUCAGCAUCUCUGCAGAUGAUCCAGCCAGGCCACGUGCCAACUCCACAUCAGGAGGUGCAUCCCAGAGUCAGGCCACACUUCAGCCGAGAGGUGUGGCCAAUAGCACUCUGCCUUCAAGCAGCCAAUCCCAGAACUCCAUGGGUAGGUCCACGCAUCCAGCUGAAAAGGACACGCACAUCUUUAGUAACUCAAAGGAAGAGAGGACUCCAGGGACAGCAGCCGGACAGCAGGUCACCCAGGGAGAGGCAGACCCGGACAUGAAGACCUUCCUCACUAUCGAGAUCAAGGAUGGACGCACCACCUCCUCCUCCACGUCCUCCUCCAGGGGCAACAUGGUACCCAUCACCACCAUGACCCCACACAUCAGCACCAACACUCAGGGACAGCGAGCAGAAUUGACCCUUGGCCUAAGAGCGACACCAUUCAAGCUCUCCACAUCAAGCAUCUCGCCUGGAUCCUUGUUCAAGAUGGAGGCGGAGCCUGUUGUGGCCUCUGAGCCGCUGUUUUCAGCCGGACCAUCUGUCCAAGUGCCAUGUCGAAUCUCCUCCAUCCCUAACGGCUCCGCCACUCAAGCCAAACCUAAAGAACUUGCUGGCAAACUGACUUCUGAACAGCUGGCUGCCAUUGAGGAUGAAGAGCUGCUUGACAAAAUGCUUGAUGAGUCAGAAGACUUUGAGGAGAGGAAGAUGAUCCGUGCAGCCAUGAGAGAUCUGAGAAAGAGAAAGAGAGAGAUCAAGCUGGGCUGUACUCAAGAGGAAAUGGACCAGAGAGAAAAGGAGCGUGAGGUCCGUCUGCAGGAGCUCCGGCAGCAGAGAGAUGACCGUACACAGAAAGGCCGCACGGGCAUCGGAGCAGGAGAGGUGGUGAUGAGGAAGGUGGAAAAGUCGGCAGACGGCUCCACCCUCAGUCACGUCACCAAGACAAACCGCUUUGCUCACUCUGAUGAUGGGAGCAAAUCAACAAGAAGCACAAUUGUGGAGUCCAGCUACAUGCAGAAAACAGAUCGUGGGACAGUUCACUCAAAAUCCUACAGCUACACCUCUUCCACCUCCUCCUCCAGCACAACCAAAAAGUGGCAGGUGGGUUGUUCAUCUCCCGGCCUCAGUGUGUUUGAUCGCGAGGAUGACAUGUCGUCUCGCAGUGGCAACUUGGCGGCGAUGGAGCGACGGCAGGCUGAGCGCCGUAAGGAGCUGAUGAGAGCUCAGACUCUGCCGAAGACUUCAGCCACACAAGCGCGCAAAGCCAUGAUCGAAAAACUGGAGAAGGAAGGAGGCGGCCCUGGAAAUCAGGCGGUGGCAAAGGUCAAUAUGGUCCAGCGUUCCACCAGCUUUGGUGUCCCCAACGCAAACUCCAUCAAACAGAUGCUGCUGGACUGGUGCCGGGCAAAGACUCACUCAUAUGAGCAUGUGGAUAUCAGAACUUUUUCGUCCAGCUGGAGCAAUGGCAUGGCGUUUUGCGCCCUGGUGCACCAUUUCUUUCCCGAAGCCUUCGACUACAGCUCACUGCAGCCCCAGCACCGCAGGCAAAACUUUGAGGUGGCUUUCAGCGCUGCAGAGACUUUUGCCAACUGCAUGCCUUUGCUGGAAGUGGAGGACAUGAUGAAUGGUAAGAAACCUGACUCCAAAUGUGUCUUCACCUAUGUACAGUCUCUGGACCACUUGCGCAGGUACGAGAUGUCAAUGGGUCGGUCUUCUGACCUCUGACCUGUGCUCAGGUCAACAGCAUUCAGCGCAGGUCAACACUGGGCGGAGUCUCUGGACAAGUUGUACAUGGUGUGUGGCCAGCAGCAGUGUUGCAUUAGGUCCAGCGUUUUGUCUGGAGAGGAAAAACUCCCAAUAUUUGCAGGAUUACAACACUAAACUAUUAAUGACAGUAACUUUAGUACAUUUAUCAAACUGAUUUAUACACAGUAAGUCAACAUAAUAUCAUGAAAGUAGUGGGUACUUGAAGACCUCAAUUAUUAAAAAAAGAACAUUUAAACCGGUUCCCUUUAAAAUUAUUUAAAUUCAAUAUUGUUAUCUGCAACUCUUUAUAAUUAUUGGAAUUUUAAUGAUUCCACUGUGGAAGACAAAUAUAUCCAACUGGUUUCUGGUACUUUUUAUUUUUAACCAAAUCUGCUUGUUGAGAUAUUUAAAUUAAAAUAUUAUUCUUAUGUUAAUGUCGUCAUUCGGCAUAUAACCAUUUAAUUAACAAGCACGGGGACGUUCCUUUGUAGUUCUAAUGAAUGCAGCGUUAUUGUACUUGCAGUCCAAAGCAAAGGACAACUUUUAAAUGUUUCAGAUUCCAUUUUAAAUUGGUGUGAACUUGACACCAGAAGUAUCUGCAUGGACCCACUUCUUAUAAACUUAUUUGUGUUUUGUUUAUUUUAUAUCCAUAUUUUUUUUUUCUUUUAAAGCUUUGUUUGUUUGUUUGUAUUGGGGGGGGGGGGGGGGGGGUUGUUACAUGCUCUGAAGGGAAGUGUUUUUGAUAAUACACAGCUGAACUCUUGUUUGACCAGUCGUUGCCUCACCCUGCUGAUCACACUCACAGAGCAGUUUAUUUAUUGCGUCAGGAAUUUUUUAAAUAUAUUUUUUAUUUUAAAGUGUGUACAUUAUGUUUUUAAAGUCUUGUUUUAAAAAAAGUUAAGCUUAAGCUGGGGGCAGAGUUUUGUGAAUCAAAUUUGGGGGGGGGGGGGGGUCUGGUGAAAGCUGGCUUUCCAGUCGUCACAGCCAAACAUAUCUGCGAAUGUAUAUUUUGUAGCCUGAAUUUAAAGAAAAUGUUUGAAGAUUUUAUUUGUACAAUUUUGGUUCCUUAGAGAAGAUGCCUAAGCUGUGGUUGGUUUCACGUCUUAUUUUGAUGCAGUUUAUUUCUGUGUUAGUAGAUUUAGAGAUAUUAUAAAAUUAAUUCCUGUCAACAUAUAGAUUAAAAUAAUGUCUUUCACAGCGCAGUGAGUGAUGUACAGGAGAGUUUAACCGUCACACAUUUCUGUGCACCACAGUUAAAUGUGAAUUAAUUAAACAAGUUCAAGAAUUGAA